AUGGCAGAGGCAUCUCCAUCCAGCGGCAGCGGAGGAUAUGACUACACCGAAGGCGCGUCACCUCUAGAUAUCCAACAAGCAAUUUCGGACGCCAACCGUUCGCGACGCGACUCUCGCUAUGGAGACGACGGCGGCGACAAUAUGUUCGACGGGCCAGGUCACUCCGUCAUUCCAAGUAGUGUCUCCCGCAUGACGCUCCGGGACCAUCACCGACGAAGCAGCGGCUUCUCUCGAGCCUCGUUGAGCCGCAGACGCAGCGACGACGCAACCAGUCAAGACGGUCGGCGCAGCAGAAGGAUGAGUGGGGACGGCGCCUCUGUGGAUGGGGACCGGAGGAGCAAUGGGGGAUGGUCAGAGCAAGAGGACUUGUCGGGCGAGGAGGACACGACCGAGGACUUGAGUAGAAGCUGGCGUGGUCGCCGUCGCCGCCAGUCUCCCUCCCCACCGGCUGCACGGAGCAACGUCUUCGAAAACCUCGCUAGCAUUUUCGGGCGCGGGGCCCCUACCACGGAGUCUCCGCCGCGGAGUCGCCGCACAUCCAUGUCCAGUCGAGUCUCGCGGUCUCGCCUACUUCGUCGACAUAGCAGUCGGAGGUCGGAGGCGAGCUCGGACUACGCGGUGGAUGACAUGUCGGAUGAAGGCGACGAGCGGUGGGGAUACUCGUCGAAUGAGGAGGACGAGGAUGAGGACGAAGCGGACAUCGCCAGUCUCGCGCCGUCCGGGAGCGAGGUCGCAUUCGACUCGCCGCCGCCGUCACCGGGACCCGGUCUACCGUUCUUGGCGGGCGACCCAGUGUUUGGUUCGGAGGCCAGGAUAGAGAUGGGCGAGCUCGAGCCUUUACCCCCACCUCCGUCUGGACCGCCAAGCCGGCAAACGCUGUACAUUGAGGACGAAGAUGCACACAUACGCAUGAUUGGGUACGAGCAAAUCCCGUGGAAGCAGUGGACGUGGUGGUUAUGCUGUACGUGCACCUUCGGGGUACUUGCUUUGCUUGGCCGUUGGUUCCCCAAGCUCUGGCUUCGAUGGGUUACGCGAGAACGCGCAUUUAUCGACAUGAAGCGUGGCUUUGUAGUCGUUGAGACUGCAUACAGAGACAUCGCACUCUUCCCCAUUGGUCGCCUUGAAUAUCCCUACUCCUUCUCCACGGUGUUCUCCUCCAAUCCAGACCCUUCCCAGCUCCUUCCGAAGUACACACCAGGUCUUGUCAUGGGCGUCCUUAUGUACGUCGACUAUCGAUACAACAGGUUCGCCCUUGACCCACGGACAGGGCUGUUCGGCAUGAUCAAAGAUUGGAGAGAUGCAUCAUGGCAAGGGAUUCUCAGCGUACAAAACGGUGUUUCCAGUGAUGUCAAGACGCAACGCUUGAAGUUGUUCGGCUCCAAUCUUAUUGAUAUAGAAGGAAAGUCUACGGGUACACUGCUGAUUGACGAGGUCAUCCAUCCGUUUUACGUCUUCCAAAUCGCCAGCAUAUUAUUGUGGUCAUUAGAUGACUACUACUAUUACGCAUUUUGCAUCGCACUCAUCUCUGCUGUUACAAUCGUCACAACACUCAUUGAGACCAAGCAGACGAUCGCACGCAUGAGGGAGAUGUCGAAGUUCAUGUGUCCUGUCAAGGUGUACCGUGAUGGCUCAUGGAUAUUUUGCGACUCAUCGGAGCUUGUGACGGGAGACGUCGUUAAUCUUCUCGACCCACCCUUGAAUACAAUCCCAGCGGACAUGUUUCUCCUAUCGGGAGAUGCCAUCGUCAAUGAAAGUAUGCUCACAGGUGAAAGUGUACCCGUCAGCAAGAUACCUAUCAAAGGUGACGACCUCGCCCGAUGGAAGGACACCGUGGAUAUAUCCGGGGACAUGGCGAAGAGCUUCCUGUACUCUGGAACACGUGUUGUACGAAUCCGUGCUGGGUUAGCCACUGACGGGCGUCCAAGUGCACCAGCCCUAGCUCUUGUUGUACGCACUGGUUUCUACACGACCAAGGGCGCAUUGGUCCGUUCCAUGCUCUAUCCCAAACCUACGGGCUUCAAAUUUUAUCGGGACUCCAUGCGAUUCAUCGGAGUCCUUGCGGCUGUUGCCGGCCUUGGCUUCUGUGCGAGUGCCGUUCAGUUUGUCAGACUGGGUGUUCGCUGGCAUACCAUUGUGAUCCGUGCAUUGGAUCUCAUCACCGUUGUUGUUCCCCCAGCACUUCCCGCGACCCUCUCAAUUGGCACCAGCUUCGCCAUCACACGGCUGCGCAAGCUCGGCAUCUUCUGCAUCUCGCCCUCGCGCGUCAACGUUGCUGGUCAGAUCAACGUCUGUUGUUUCGACAAAACCGGCACCCUCACCGAAGACGGACUGGACAUUCUCGGCGUGCGCGGGCCUGAGCGGCACGCGGAUCGCUUUGGGGAGCUCCUCGAGGACAUUCACGACCUACCCGCGCCCCGCGAGAAAGCGAACUUCUUGCACGCCCUCGCUACCUGUCACUCGCUCAAGAUGGUCGACGGAGAGACGAUCGGGGACCCGCUCGACGUGAAGAUGUUCGAGUUUACCAAGUGGACGCUCGAGGAAGGCCAUGUUGCAGGCACUGGGGUUGUCAAGAAUAAGGUAGGCGGGGAUCGUCCAGCGGCGCUUGUGCAGACGGUGGUUCGCCCCCCUGGAAGUGCACAGUUUCGGGUCGAAGAUGCGCUCAAAGGCGCGGGCAGGCACGCGCAUUUCUUGGAACUUGGCGUCAUCCGGACGUUUGAGUUCGUUUCCGCGCUUCGCCGGAUGAGCGUUGUCGUGAAACGGCUGAAGAGCACAAGUAUGGAGGUCUACGUUAAGGGCGCGCCCGAAGUGAUGGCGGAAAUCUGCGACAAGAGCACCUUCCCCCAAGACUACGACGACCUGCUGUCCUACUAUACCAAACGCGGAUACCGAGUGAUUGCUAUGGCCGGCAAGAGUAUUGAGGGUCUUUCAUGGCUCAAGGCUCAGAAACUCAAGCGAGAACAAGCGGAAUCCAAUUUGCAGUUCCUAGGGCUAGUGAUCUUCGAGAAUAAGCUCAAGUCUGGGACGACUCCCGCCAUUCAAACGCUCAGGGCCGCGCACUUCGCGUGCAGGAUGAUCACUGGAGACAACCCCCUCACCGCUGUCAGCGUGGCGCGCGAGUGCGGUCUCAUCAACCCCGCCGUGCAGGUUUUCACUCCAACGUUUGUUCGAGGCGGUCCGUCAUCCGGCUUGUCGAAGUUGGAGUGGUCGAGUAUGGACGAGCCGACGUGGAAGCUCGACGACUACAGUCUCAAACCACAGCUCCCUCCCACGAAUCGUCUCGUCGAUCAAGAAGAGCUCGAGGGACAAGAUUAUACGCUCGCCGUGACCGGCGAUGUCUUCCGGUGGAUCAUCAAUCAUGCACCGCUCGAAACGAUGCAGCGUAUGCUCGUGAAGACGCAAAUCUAUGCGCGCAUGUCUCCGGACGAGAAGAACGAGGUCGUCGAACGGCUACAAGGCUUGGGAUACGUCGUCUUGAUGUGUGGUGACGGUGCAAACGACUGUGCUGCUCUCAAGGCCGCGGACGUCGGCCUGUCGCUGUCAGAAGCCGAGGCGUCCGUCGCCGCUCCUUUCACGAGCCGGACACCAGACAUUAGCUGUGUCCUCGAGGUCAUCAAAGAAGGUCGGGCAGCGUUGGUGACAUCCUUCAGCUGUUUCAAGUACAUGGCACUGUACUCUCUUAUUCAAUUUACCACGAUCACGUUGCUCUAUUCGUUUGCAUCCUCGUUGGGGGAUUUCCAGUUUCUGUACAUCGACCUCUUCAUCAUCAUCCCGAUCGCAGUGACCAUGGGACGCACGCUUCCGUUCCCGAAGAUCCAUCCAAAGAGACCUACCGCAAGCCUGGUGUCAAAGAAGGUGCUCGCUAGUCUCGUCGGUCAGAUUGUCAUCACAUCUGCCAUCCAGUUCUGGGCCUUCUUUUGGGUCCGUUCCCAAGAGUGGUACGCCGCACCGGCGCCCAAGGAUCCAAAUGAGGUCGACGACAAGCUCUCGGCACGCAACUAUGAAAACUCGGCACUAUUUUUGGUGUCGUGUUUCCAAUAUAUCCUCGUGGCCGCGGUGUUCAGCAUUGGCCCUCCUUACAGGAAGCAGAUGUGGACAAACGGCUGGUUCAUGCUGUCAAUGAUCUGCCUCUGUCUGUUCAACCUGCUUGUCAUGCUGAGCCCGCCCGCGUCCGUCGUCCAGUGGCUAGACUUGAUUUCGCUGCCUGUGAUGGCCCGCGCGGCACUGCUGCUGGCAGUGGCCGUGAACGUGACAGCGUCGCUGCUGUUCGAGCACUACGGCACGCAGGCAGUUUCGCGGGCCAUUGGGGCACUCUUAGAGCUGCGUCGUCGGCAGCGGGUGCGCGAUGGCAAAAUCUACAAGGCGGUGGAGGGCGGGAUGCGCUGA